AGCAGAGCAAUCACCACCAAGUCCGAAAUAACUGCGAGGGCACAGCCAAAGGCUUCCUGAGUGAGGAUGGAGGAGGGAAUGAAUGCUCUGCAUGACUUUGGGAUCCAGUCAACGCGCUACCUCCAGGUGAAUUACCAGGACUCCCAGGAUUGGUUCAUCUUGGUGUCUGUGAUCGCAGACCUCAGGAAUGCCUUUUAUGUCCUCUUCCCCAUCUGGUUCCAUCUUCGAGAAGCUGUGGGCAUCAAACUCCUCUGGGUAGCUGUGAUUGGAGACUGGCUCAACCUCGUCUUUAAGUGGAUUCUCUUUGGACAGCGCCCAUACUGGUGGGUCCUGGACACCGACUACUACAGCAACACCUCCGUGCCGCUGAUAAAGCAGUUCCCGGUCACCUGUGAGACCGGCCCAGGGAGUCCCUCUGGCCACGCCAUGGGUACAGCGGGUGUAUACUAUGUGAUGGUCACAUCCACCCUCUCUAUCUUUCGGGGAAAGAAAAAGCCAACCUACAGAUUUCGGUGCUUGAACAUCAUUUUGUGGUUGGGAUUCUGGGCAGUGCAGCUGAAUGUCUGUCUUUCACGAAUCUACCUUGCUGCUCAUUUUCCCCAUCAAGUUGUUGCUGGAGUCUUGUCAGGCAUUGCGGUUGCUGAGACUUUCCGCCACGUCCGGAGCAUCUACAACGCCAGUCUCAAGAAAUAUUUUCUCAUCACCUUCUUCCUGUUCAGUUUUGCCAUUGGAUUUUACCUGCUGCUAAAGGGGCUGGGGGUCGACCUCCUGUGGACCCUGGAGAAAGCCAAGCGAAGGUGUGAGAGGCCAGAAUGGGUCCACAUUGACACUACGCCCUUUGCCAGCCUCCUCAAGAACCUGGGGACACUCUUUGGCCUGGGUCUGGCUCUCAACUCCAGCAUGUACAGGGAGAGCUGCAAAGGCAAGCUUAGCAAGUGGUUCCCGUUCCGCCUCAGCUGCAUUGUGGCCUCCCUCGUCCUCCUGCAUCUCUUCGACUCUUUGAAACCCCCAUCCCAAAUCGAGCUGAUCUUCUAUGUCCUGUCCUUCUGCAAGAGUGCGGCAGUGCCCCUGGCAUCUGUCAGUCUCAUCCCCUACUGCCUGGCCCAGGUCCUGGGCCAGCCGAACAAGAAGACUUUGUAAAGGGAUGUGGAGUCUUCAGAAUUUAAAAGUCGACGACUGCACCAAGGAUUGAAGGUGGUUAGGGCCUUCUGCCAGCCCGCUGUGAGGCCAGAGGUACUAUAGAGUCAGCUCAGGCGACACCCCCUUCUCCCUUUGCAAUUCUAAUUGCAUUGGGUGAUGGUUUUUUGAAAAGCUAAUAAGGCUAUUUGAGAGAGCCUUAUUGGAGGUUGGGUCGUUCUGGAUUUUUUUCCACGAAGAUAUACUUACUCUUUUGUCCAAUAUACAAAAGCAAGACUUCUUGGUAGGGCCAG